AUGACUACUUCAGAAUUGGUGAAGAAGACACAGUGCAAAAAGAGACAACGUGAUGAUAGUAAUGAGUUUGCCCAUUCAGUUCCGGUGGAAGAAUUAGUUCAGAGAGAUAACAAGAGGCAACACACUGAACAUGAAAAGUCUACUUUGAUUCCAAUAAAAUCACUUCCCUCAGACUUGUUGAUCAAUGUGGUUGCAAGGGUAAGCUCUGAAUCUUGCAUUGAUCAUUACAACAUGAAAGUAUGUUGUAAAGAUUUUUUCCAUGCUUCAAAAGACAACUACAUGUGGCAACAAGUUUCUUUAAGAAAUGUCCCAUUGAAUUUGUGGUUUUGUAAAGAAAGAGUAUCAAUGUUUGAUUCUUUCCUCCAAAGCUGUAAGGAAGGUGGAAAUAUUGAAGUUUUGUAUAGGGAGGGACUGCAAGAAAUAGUUAGAUAUGCAGGAAACAUUGGAAAGGGCAUUGAAGAUUUGAAGAUUGCUGCAGAGAAGGGUCACCUAGAAGCAAAAUAUGUAUAUGGAUUGAUUUUAUUAUGCUCAGAAGAUGAUGAUUUAAGAAAAGAAGGAGUUGAGUAUAUGCGAUUCUUGAGGAAUGCCAAGUGUGUUGUAAGUUGCAGAAACAAGGUAGUAGCUUCAUUGGGUAACAUAUGGAGAAGACCUUAUGAAACAUUGGUGCGCAAUCCAAUCCCUUUAUGUUAUAAUAGGCGAUGCAAUGGAUGA